AUCCGAACUACGGACACCUUUGACCAACCUCUCAGGUUCUCAAUCGCCAAUUAGGUAAACCCUACUUGGACAGCAAGUUUCUGUUUUGGGGGUUUAAGCCGAGCUCCUCCUGGACUGGACCGCGGGUGAGGAUUUCGAUUUAUGAGAAAAUGACAGCUUCAAGGCUAUCGUCAUUGGCAGCCGCCGCGGCUGCUGCAGUGUUAGCCGGUUCAAACUCCACGCCCUCGACCUGCGCGUACGCUGAUUCUCCAUUUCGCUUUUCCCCUUUCUCUCCUUCUCCUGCCACCCCCCCUCCGCCUUCACCGGAGGCCGACUCUUCUGCUUCAGACUCUAAUGCUCCCGCAGACGAUUCUAAAGGUGGCUUCGAUCAUCUAGCUCUAGAAAGGGCGGCUAAAGCCCUCAAGGAAAUCAACAGCUCUCCGCAUCACAAACAGGUAUUUGAAUUAAUGAGAAAGCAGGAAAAGACGCGUCUUGCCGAGUUGAAUGCAGAGAAAGCUCAUUUUGAGGCUCUCCAGGCUCAUGCGGAUAUUGAAAAGCAACAAAAAUGGGCAGUAGAUCAACGUGAGCUUUAUCAGCAACAGUCACAGGCAAAGGCACAAAUGCUGAGAUAUGAAGACGAAUUGGCUAGGAAAAGAAUGCAGACUGAUCAUGAGGCUAAAAGGCAUCAAAAUGUUGAAUUGGUCAAAAUGCAAGAGGAGUCUUCUAUACGAACAGAACAAUCAAGACGAGCAACUGAAGAACAGAUCCAAGCUCAGCAACGACAAACAGAGAAAGAGAGAGCUGAAAUAGAAAGAGAGACUAUUAGAAUUGAAGCAAUGGCUAAGGCGGAAGGCCGUGCUCUUGAAGCUAAAUUGACUGAAGAUCAUAAUAGGCGGAUGUUAGUUGACAAAAUAAAUGGUGAAAAAGAGAAGUGGCUUGCUGCAAUAAAUACAACGUUUACACAUGUUGAAGAGGGGUUCCGUGUUUUAUUGACUGAUAGGAGUAAGUUGAUUAUGGCUGUGGGGGGAGUUACUGCAUUAGCUGCUGGAGUUUAUACCACCAGGGAAGGGGCAAGAGUUACAUGGGGAUACAUUAAUAGGAUUCUUGGACAGCCAUCUCUUAUUCGAGAGUCAUCAAUGAAAAAAUUUCCAUGGUCAGGGACGAUUUCAAAAGUAGCAAACAGAGAAUUUAAAUCCAGUACAGGCAUUGAAGCAACAUCAAGUAGAUCACAUUUUAAUAACAUUGUGUUGCAUCCGUCAUUGCAAAGAAGAAUAGAACACCUUGCACGAGCCACAGCUAAUACAAAGUCUCAUCAGGCACCAUUUCGCAAUAUGCUAUUCUAUGGGCCUCCAGGGACCGGUAAAACAAUGGUGGCUAGGGAAAUAGCCAGAAAAUCGGGUUUAGACUAUGCAAUGAUGACAGGAGGAGAUGUUGUACCAUUGGGUGCACAAGCAGUCACUAAAAUUCAUGAGAUUUUCGAUUGGUCCAAAAAAUCCAGGAAGGGCUUAUUGCUUUUCAUUGAUGAGGCUGAUGCCUUCUUAUGCGAGCGAAACAGUAUACACAUGAGUGAAGCUCAGCGGAGUGCAUUAAAUGCGAUGCUGUUCAGGACAGGAGACCAAUCACGAGAUGUGGUUCUCGUCCUUGCAACCAACCGGCCAGGCGAUCUUGACAUGGCCAUCACCGACCGCAUCGAUGAGGUCAUCGAAUUCCCCCUUCCACAGGAGGAGGAACGCUACCAUCUCCUAAAGCUCUAUAUGAACAAAUACCUCGCAUCUGGGGAAGGUGACCUCAGCAAGUCCAACUGGUGGAGACGGCAUCUGUUUAAGAAGACAUCACGGAGAAUAGUGGUGAAAGAUGAUGUGACGGAUGAUGUUCUUAGGGAAGCUGCCCGAAAGACUGAAGGGUUUUCCGGAAGGGAGAUUGCAAAACUAAUGGCCAGUGUGCAGGCUGCUGUUUACGGGAGCCCUGAUUGUGUCCUCGACUGCCAGCUGUUCAAGGAGAUUAUUGACUUCAAAGUUGCAGAGCAUAAGCAGCGUAUGCAAUUGGCAGCUGAUGGCGGCCAGCCUUCCUACUGCUUAAGUUAAGCUGUGACAAUAAAAUUUUUCGGAAGUCCCAAACCAAGUAUUAGUUUAGCGAUUGUGUAAGAGCAUAAGUUCAAGCGAUACAUUAUGACUAAUUUUUUCAUUUUUAAAUGGUGAGGUGACUAGAUGGUGAACAUUUCAUUAAUAACAAUCUCACAUGAAAGUGAUUUUUGCCGAAUUGUCUUGGUUUAAAGUAUUAUUUGACUUGGUUUUUUAUCAGCUUUGGAAAUGUUGUUUAUAAUGUUGAA